AUGAUUCUCUCACGCCGAGCGGUCCUCUUCCUCGGGUUCGGCAUCUUCACCUUCCUCUUCUUCACAGCCCGCGCACUGCGACAACCCCACGUAUGGAAUAAAGUGCCGCAGGCCGUCGGCCUGGGGGAAUACGUUUCCUCCUCCCCGCACGGAUUCAGCAUCAGCGCCAGUACCAAUUGGUCUGUAGCAUAUAAUGUCAGUACUGGAUACGGCCCGAGCAAGGGAAUUCCCUUCGCGCCACAACCGCAUUUCAUUUCCGGCAUACCGAAACCGCACGGCGCAAAGUAUACCAAGCGACUCGUCGUUCCCCGAACAAUGGAGGAAGAUGUGACCUGGAUCGCUCAGGAAUUGCCGGACUGGGAUACAGCGAUUUAUGUCGCUAACGAUCCUUCGGCACCCUUACACCCCCCGAAAAAUAAGGGCCACGAGGUCAUGAUAUAUCUCUCCUACGCCAUUGAUUUCUACGAUGACCUCCCCGACGUCUCAGUCUUCGUCCACGCACACAAGAACGCGUGGCACAAUGACUUUUUGCACAACGGCGACACACCCGAGAUGGUGCGCCGAUUAAACCUGAACCGUGUCAUCAGGGAAGGAUAUAUGAACCUCCGGUGCAGUGAGGGUCCCGGAUGUCCGGACUGGAUGCAUCCUGGUGCCAUCGAGCCAGACGAACAAAAGCAAGAGGAAGUAAUGCUCGCUCGAGCCUGGGGCGAACUCUUCCCCGACGAGCCGGUCCCGUCGGUCCUUGCACAACCGUGCUGUGCCCAAUUCGCCGUAUCCAAAGAGCGCAUCCGCACCAUCCCCCGUUCACGCUUUAUCUUCUACCGUGACUGGCUUCUGCAAACCGAUCUAAGUGACUACAUCGCCGGCCGAAUUUGGGAAUAUCUCUGGCAAUAUGUGUUUACUGGUCAAACAGUCCUCUGUCCGCAAGAAAGCGUGUGCUUGUGCGACGGGUACGGAUACUGCUUCGGCGGCCCCGAUGGGUUCGAAGCGUUCAAGGCUGCACAAGCCGAGCGUGACGAGUGGCAACAGUACACUGAGAGCUGGGACUGGAUGGCCGAUAAUAUCGAGGAUGCCAAAGCAGAAGGCGAUGGUGAACUGGAUGAGACCAUGGACUUGGAUGUUCCAGAACCGGGUGGUAAGACCGAAACCGCAAACGAGUACGCCGCCAAGGCUGCGCAGGUGAAUGCCAUGCUCGAGAAUGCCAUUGCGCGUGGCAACGAUCCCCGACUCCGCGCCGAAGAAGUCGGUCGUCCCUGGAAGCCUGGCGAUAGCUUCUAG